ACUUGCAAAAUUACACGAAAAUUUGUGAUAUUUUAGCUGGAAAUCACGAGAUUCGACUUACGCGGAAAUUCGAGAUACGCGGUAUUUUGCGGCCGUUUUCGGUCCCCAUUAACCGUGUAUCUCGGGGACCGCCUGUACCAAUAUAUAUGAUACAAUUAGAACUCGCUAAUUGCAUUUAUAUCAUAUGUCUACAAAAAAAAAGAUAGAUUUUGUUUAUUAGAAAGACAUUUUGUAACACGACUAAUGUCUGCGUAUUUUGUCAUGUUUGUUAUUUUAUACAAUGUGGAUAAACUGACUUUUUCUCAUAUUUAUGUGAACAACUCGGAUUUUUUGUAUUCAAUUGAAAAAGCAGACUUGCAAUUGGCGAGGUUUGAAUGUAUUUGACUUCGUCACAUGGCAGCUCGCAUAUCUGUCAAGUCAGAAACGUAAACAAACACGGACAACCGCCCGUAAAGAUUGUGUGCAGAAUAAUCGUAAAAUUUUAUGUGAAAACUCGGGAAAAGGAAAAACAUCAUUUCAUCCCGAAAUUUGGCAACAUUCGUCCGAGUAUGAUCGAGCAGCUGUGUGUGUGUAUGCCGACGAAAUACGACGCCGUUUCUACAACAAUCACUAAAGCCGGCUGUGAUCGUGAUCGGCACAUUCUCAACUGGACCAACACACCGGUCGUUGUGUAUCUUCAAGCAAACCAACGUUGCCAUACACCACAAAAUAGCAUGGAAAGGAAAGUAUUAUAAAGUAAUGUCAUAUUUGAAAGCAUUCUAAUCUUUCAUUGUUAUUUUUCCACUGCAAACAGGACAUUGGAUCAUCGCAUCGACAAGUGGUUUUUAUGUGCAAGUGUUGUUAAGAAGUGUGUUGUACGGUGUAUUACGUGUUUUACUUUAUUUGUAUCGCUUUGCAAGUGGUACAAUUAGUGCGUUUAAUCGUUGUUAUACAGCUAACAUAAGAUUUACCCGAGCAUUAGAAGCGGCAACAAUACAUGUGCCUGACGCAGAGACAACAACGCCGUCGGCAUCCGUUGAUACCAUCCAAAGUGAUGGUUGAAAUCGUAUUUAAACGUGUAAAACCAUAUAUUGGGGCAUGUAAGUAUUGAAUAAUAGUUAAAUAAAAUACAUUUUAUCGUUGUACUGGACAAUGUGCAUCGAAAUUAAAAAAAAGUGUGUGUGUUUUUGUUUACAUCCGAAUACAGAACCCACAACGCUAUACUGUGGUUCGAGCACUCGCUAAGUAACGCUUGAGCUUUGAGCUUUCAUUGAGCUUACAUAGAAUGUUACACGCUACCUGCUCACUAAGGACUGCUAUCGAGCAGUGUUAUGAGCAGGUAGCGAGCAGUAACGCUUCCAUACAAAAAUCGCGAAAAGUAACGCUCCAAUGCUAUUUGGGCUGUGUGUGAGAUCCUCGCUCUCACUCCGCCAUGCCUUACCAACCUACUUCAUGCCGCAAUGCUUCCACAUUUGCGGUGUUGGUAAAAUUUUCAAUCUGAUGAGAGAG